GCCAUUUUGCAUAAAUCCCGUAGGCCACACGUAGGCGAGCUGAAGAUUUAAACAAUUUUCAGCACCUUCAGGUCUCAAAACCGUCCAGACCUGUUAACAAAAUCAACUUAAAGUGCCGCCGCAAGUAAAUCAAGCAAUCGAAGAUGGCUCGGUACACGCAACGUCCGGAAAACGCUCUAAAAAGGGCCAAUGAGUUCAUCGAGGUGGGAAAGCCGCUCAGGGCGCUGGACACGCUGCAGGAAGUGUUCCGCAACAAGCGAUGGAACUAUGCCUACUCGGAGACGGUCAUCGAGCCGCUCAUGUUCAAGUACCUGUACCUGUGCGUGGAGCUCAAGAAGUCGCACAUCGCCAAGGAAGGACUCUUCCAGUACCGGAACAUGUUCCAGCUGGUCAAUGUCAACUCCCUGGAGAAUGUGAUUCGCGGCUACCUAAAGAUGGCCGAGGAGCACACCGAGGCGGCCCAGGCCCAGUCGUCGGCAGCUGUGGCCGUGCUGGAGCUGGAUGAUUUGGACAACAUCGCCACUCCCGAAAGCAUCCUGAUGAGUGCCGUGUGCGGCGAGGACGCCCAGGACCGCUCCGACCGCACCAUCCUGUUGCCGUGGGUCAAGUUUCUCUGGGAGUCCUAUUGCCAGUGCCUGGAGCUGCUCCGGGUGAACACCCACUGCGAGGCUCUGUACCACGACAUCGCCCGGAUGGCCUUCCAGUUCUGCCUGAAAUACAACCGGAAGAGCGAGUUCCGGCGCCUGUGCGAUAAGUUGCGCAAGCACCUGGAGGAUAUCUGCAAGAGCAGUAAUCAGACCACCGGCGUGUCGAUCAACAAGGUGGAGACGCAGCAACUCUGCCUGGACACCAGGCUGUACCUGCUGGACUCGGCCAUCCAGAUGGAGCUGUGGCAGGAGGCGUACAAGGCGAUCGAGGACAUCCACGGGCUGAUGGCCCUGUCCAAGAAGACGCCCGUGCCCAAGACCAUGGCCAACUACUAUCAGAAGCUGGCGAUGGUGUUCAGCAAGGCGGGCAACCAGCUCUUCCACGCGGCGGCUCUACUGAAGCUGUUCCAGCUGACGCGAGAGCUGAAGAAGAAUUUAACCAAGGACGAUCUGCAACGCAUGGCUGCCCACGUCCUCCUGGCCACCCUCUCUAUUCCGCUACCCUCGGCCCAUCCGGAGUUCGACAGAUUUAUCGAGGCGGAUAAGAGCCCACUGGAGAAGGCCCAAAAGCUGGCCGUGCUCCUUGGCCUGCCCCAACCGCCCACGCGAGUGUCGCUUAUUCGCGAAGUAGUUCGCUUGAAUGUACCUCAACUUGUGUCAGAGGACUUCCGCAACCUGUAUAACUGGCUGGAGGUGGACUUCAACCCCCUGAACCUGUGCAAGCGCAUUCAAUCAAUUGUGGAUGUCAUCGAGAACGGUCCCGAGAACACUCUGCUCACUCCCUAUAUUCAGUCGCUGAAGGACGUGACUAUCAUGCGUUUGAUUCGCCAGAUCUCGCAGGUCUAUGAGAGCAUCCAGUUCCAGCGCCUGUUGCAGUUGGCCAGUUUUUGCAACAUCUUCGAGUUGGAAAAGCUGCUGGUAGAGUCGGUGCGCCACAACGACAUGCAGAUCCGGAUCGACCACCAGAAGAACAGCAUCUACUUCGGCACUGAUUUGACCGAAAGCCAGCGCGAGUACCGACCCGACGGUCCGGCACUGCAGUCCAUGCCCUCCGAACAGAUCCGCUCUCAGCUGGUCAACAUGUCCACCGUGCUGACCAGGGCCGUUUCUAUCGUCUAUCCCAACAGGGAGCGCGACCAGCGGGCUAAGCUCCGCACCCAGAUGGUGCACCACUACCACGAGAUCAAGGAUCGCGAGCACCAGCGCAUCCUUCAGCGGCAGAAGAUCAUCGAGGACCGCAAGGAGUACAUCGAGAAGCAGAACAAUGCGCGCGAGGAGGAGGAGGCGCGGCGUCAGGAAGAGGAAUCUCGCAAGGCCAAGCUGGCCGAGCAGAAGCGACUCGAGCAGGAGCAAGAGGAACGGGAGCGCAAGCGUCACCAGAACGAGAUCCAAGCCAUCCGGGAGAAGAGUCUCAAGGAGAAGGUGCAGCAAAUCUCGCAGACUGCCCAUGGCAAGAAAAUGCUCUCCAAGCUGGACGAGGAAGGCAUCAAGAAGCUGGACGCCGAGCAGAUUGCCAAGCGGGAGAGCGAGGAACUGCAGCGAGAGGCCAAGGAACUUCAGUCCAAGCUCAAGUCGCAAGAGAAGAAAAUCGACUAUUUCGAGCGCGCCAAGCGCCUGGAGGAGAUACCACUCUUCGAAAAAUACUUGGCCGAAAAACAGGUCAAGGACAAAGAGUUCUGGGAGGCCACCGAGAAGACGCGCAUCGAGAAUGCAAUCGCCGAGCGAAAGGACGCCGUUAGCCAGCAGGAGCGUCUCAAACGCAUGUAUCCCGAUCGCGAUGAAUUCCUCGAGGCCCUCAAGAAGGAGCGUGCUUCCCUCUAUGUUGAAAAGCUUAAGAAGUUUGAGAUUGCCCUGGAGGCGGAGCGCAAGAAACGUCUGGCCGAUCGCGUCAUUCGUCGUCGCGAGGAGCGCCGUCAGGCAUUCAUUCGCGAAAAGGAAGAGGAGCGUCUCCGUAAGGAGGAGGAGAUUCGCUUGGCGCAGGCUGCCGAGGAGCGGGCCGCAGCCGAAGCUCGCCGUCUGGAGCGUGAGGCUGAAGACGAGAAGAGGCGUGCCCAGUACGAAAAGCAGCGCGCCAAGGAGGAGGAGGCCGAGCGCAAAAUCAAGGAAGACCGUGACCGUUUGGCCCGAGAGGUGGCCACAGAGCGCGAGCGCAGCGAGAAGGAGCGCGACACCUGGCGUCCUCGUGGUGGCGAUCGUCCCAGCGCACCCGCCGGCGGUGCCGGAGAGUGGCGUCGAGCUGCACCUGCGGCCGGCGAUCGCAACGAGCGUGGUGGAGAGCGGAUCGAGCGUGGAGGCGAACGUAUCGAGCGUGGAGGAGAUCGCAACGAGCGUGGAGGAGAUCGCAUCGAGCGUGGAGGUGAUCGCAUCGAGCGUGGAGGAGAUCGCAUCGAGCGCGGUGGAGACCGUGACCGCAAGGACAACGAGGGAGCGGACUCCUCGUGGCGUGUACGACGGGAGCCCGAUUCCCAGCGUGCUGCUGCACCCAAGGAGAGUGGCGCUCCCCAAUCGCGUGACGACAAGUGGCGUCGUGGGGGAGAACGCGACCGCGACUUCCGCAACGAUGGACCUCGUCGGGAUAGGGACGAUGGAGCUCGCCGUGACGACGGACCUCGUCGUGACCGUGACGAUGGUCCUCGCCGUGACGAGGGUCCGCGUCGGGAGCGGGACGAUGACCGCGGUGGAUUCCGUCGCAACGACGGACCACGUCGUGCCGAUGAGCCUCAGCGCGAAACUGGAGGUAACUGGCGCGAUGCUCCGCGUCAGGCUGAUCGGGAAAACCGUCGCCCAGCUGGCGAAAGACGUGACCGUGACGUGCGUGACGUACGCGGACCUGCUCCUAAAGAAGCCGCUGGUGGCGGCGGUGGCAACUGGCGUACGGCUCCUGCACCUCGCGAGGAAAAGCCCGCACCCAAGCGUGAUCAACCGCAGGACAAGGAGAACAAAGCCGGCGAUGAUGGCGAAUGGACCAGUGUUAAGCGUCGUUAAACUGCUUACGAGCUUCGUGGUUUAAAUCGUAGUUGUCCCGCAUUUUCGUAUAUACGCAACAUAAUAAUCUUAAUAAGUUUUCAUUUUAUCCGACUUGUACUUUAUUGAAAUAGAGCCUAGUUGGCUCGAUAUAUUACAUCUAUCCAAUGCUUGUGCCAGAUAGUUAAAAAUGAGUUGGUCGUCAAACCGUUACUCAUUAAAGUACUUUCGAAUAAAAUAACCAUGUUCUAACAAA